AUGGUUUCACCUCUAAGUAGAAGACAAGAUACUAUUAUGCGUAAAGCUAUUUCGCCACACGAAAAGUUGACGGCAACAUUAAGAUUUCUUGCUUCUGGAAGGAGUUAUGAGGAUUUAAAGUUCACAACAUUAAUAUCUCCUCAGGCAUUGGGUGUAAUUAUUCCUGAGACGUGUGAAGCUAUAUCUAAAGUACUGGAGAAAAAUUAUUUCAAAUCGGAGGUAAUUAUUCAACCAGGCUUGUAUCAAACUCUCAUUCGGGCGAUUGAUGGCAAACACAUAGACAUUAUUCCUCCUAGUGGAAGCGGAUCUUAUUAUUAUAAUUAUGAAUGUCCUCAUAGUAUGGUGCUACUUGCAAUAGUAAAUGCAAAGCACCAAUUCAUCGUGUGUGACUUUGGAGUUAAGGGCGGGAUAUCAGAUAGAGGUAUACUCCAAACAACCGAACUCUAUGACAAGCUCCAGAAAAAUGAAUUGGAGAUUCCAUCACAUGAACCAAUCAAAAAUAGUUCUGAAAUACUGCCAUACGUAUUUAUUGCUGAUGAUGCUUUUGCUUUGAGAACGCACAUGAUGAAACCAUUCCGUCACUCAGAUCUUACUUCAAAAAAUAAAAAGAUUUAUAACUAUCGUGUUUGUAGAGAUAGACGCUUUGUGGAAAAUGCUUUUGGUAUAUUGGUUUCUAGAUUUAGAAUAUUUAAAACACCAAUAAAUGUCGAGCCAAAUAACAUUGAUCGAAUAGUACUGGCAAGUUGUGCUUUACACAAUUAUUUGAUGUCUAAUUCUACUAACUCAUAUACUUAUGCAGAAUGUUUUGACCGAGAAAAUAUGAAACAGGGAUGUAUUACACCGGGGUCGACUUCUAAUGAUUCAAAUAUGAAACAUUUAGAUCAACGAUAUUUAGGAAAUAGUCCAAAUGCCGCAAAAAUCGUAAGGGAAAAAUAUGUGCAUUAUUUCAACAAGAUGGAAGCAUGCCUUGUUGAUCGUGGAUUUCGUGAUGCUAUUUAUGAUAUGAAAUCAGCACGUUAUGUUCCUUUUAUGCCAUGUUGUAAAGGCAAAAGAAAACAACUUACGAUUGAAGAUACAAUGAAUCCAGAAGGAUAA